GCCUUUGAGUCGCGGGGCUGUGUCGCCCAGGUCUGGCUAUGGCGGACUCUGCAUUUCGCCGAGGCCAUGACCUGCUCAUUAUUCAAUCUGACGCUUGGAGCUUGGGUACGGCCAUGCUCUAGCGCCAACGAGGAAGAGCAGGAGGAGGAGGAUUCUUAGUUUGAUUUUCCGAUUCCCCCCUGUGAUCGACAUGUGAAUUUCUAGCUUCUUCUACGGCUGGAUGCCACCGGAAUGGGUACGAAACCUAAUCUUCUCUGAGGCAUUGCUUGAGCGAUCAACGCUGGUUUGUUUCCAUCCGACUCGCAAUCCUGAAGCGAAGUAGCCUUGCGGUGCGGAAGGAGAAGGUGGCGAGCAAUGUCGAUUUUUGGUACUCCGGCUCAAUCCAGUGGGGCGGCGAUGGGGUCGACGCCGUUUGGCGCUGGUGGGGGAGGUUUGUUCUCCACGCCGUCUUCUGUUGCAGCCCAGACUUCGAGCGGGUCUGUUUUUGGUGGCGGUGGAAGCUUAUUCGGGUCGACGACACCUGCGUUUGGUGCGAGUAGCAGUGGUGGCCUCUUCGGCAGUGCCACUCCUUCGACCCCUGCAUUUAGAGCAUCAGGUCAGCAACAAGGCUCCUCUUUGUUUGGGCAAUCUCCAUCACCUUUUGGACAGCCACAGGCGACGCCCUUUGGGCAAACUCAACAGACACCGGCAUUUGGGCAAACGCAUCAAGCAUCUACAUUUGGGCAGCCUGGACAUAGCCCCUUGUUUGGGGGACAGCAACAGCAGGCAUCGCCGGUCAACCAAGCUUCAGGUGGAUUGUUUGGCCAGCAGCAGUCAAAUGGUUUUCAACCCCAACCAACGCAGCAGAUGAAUAUGUUCAAUAGUAACAUAAGUACUCAGAUGGCCCCAGUAGCACCGGUGGUUGUGCCCUUGCCUGAUCGGGAAAUUCAGGCUAUUGUUGAUGCUUACAGAGACGAUGUAGGAAAUCCUCAAGAUUGUUUUAAGUAUUUGCUACUAAGCGUCACUGAUCCGGCAGCACGCUUCAAACCUGCAGGCGUAUCAGAUAUUCUGUGGGCAGAAGCUAUGAACAAAUUGGAAGGUUUGGAUAGCAUGGACAGAGAACGCCUGUGGCCGGAAUUGGUGCAUGGCUUUAAAGAUCUUUCACGACGUAUGAAGCUCCAGGAUGAGGCAAGCACAGCUGAUGUGCAGCGCCUUCAAGCAACAGAAUCUAAUGUCAAGCUUCUCCGUCGUCAUUUUGAAACAGAUUCUCUACCUUGGAUUCAAAGGCUUCGUCAAAAGGAGCAAGAGUUGCAACGGCGCCUACUCAAAAUUAUGAGAAUGGUGGAAGCUCUUGAAGGCAAGGGGUUGCAUAUGGCACUGACUCGAGGAGAGGCCAAUUUGGGUGAUCACUUGAGGGGCUUGACACGACAGCUUCAAGGAGCCAGUGCAGAGUUGCCUCGAAGAGUGGAGGUACUGCUUUCUGUAUCGCGGAUGCAAGUUGGUUUAGGAGGAGGAUCACAAUCAGUACUUUUGGGCCCUGGAAAGAUCGACAACCAAAGUCUUAUUGAGAUGCACGAGGUACUGAGGCAGCAAACGGAGGCAAUCUCACGGCUUGCUACAGUUUUAAAACGAGACAUGAGGGACAUAGACAUCAUUCUUACGGAAGACACAGAAAUGGUUGACGGGCAUGUAGAUAAUGACAACGGCAAGUACCAUGGGAGUCAAGCUCUGGUGGGAUAUACUAAAAAAUUUCAUUCGGGUUUCUGAGAGUCUUCAGUUCACGAUCUCUCGUUUUUGCUCUGUAAGUGUUGUAACGUCAUCAGCUUUGUCCUAAGCAUUGACUCUAUUGAUCCAGCAAUUUAGGAUUUUAAUUUAAUUUUAACGCUUUAAAUUUUGUGUUCAUCAGUGAAUGCCGUCUUUAAUUUGUUAGCAUGGAGCGGGAAAGCAUAUGUUCAAAUGACCUCAAGUUUCUUGGUACCUUACACUUA